AUGUCCAAAUUACAAGAAGCAUUGAAAGAUUGCUUGCCAUCAGAUGUCAGAUUAGAGCUCAUGAUGCCUUGUGGAAACAAUUUAGUUGCACCAAAGGUGUGUGAAGGCCAGGAGCUGAGUGGACAACUGAUUCACAAAGUCUUUAAAUCAAAGACCCUGUACCUAAGGCCAUCAAAGGAAAUAGAGCGUGACUCCUUUUGUGGUGACAACGGGAAAGAUGACAGUACAGACUCUGAGUCAGUAACUGAGAUAACACCUCUAGAACAUUGCCACAGGACCACUGAAUUAUGUUCUCCACCUAUUGCUGAGCCUGUUCCUACACAGCCUUCUACAUUACUCUCAUACUCAACAGUGCCUUGCAGUUCAUGGGCAACUACACCAUCCACUUCACCAGGGCAUUCUCUUGAGCAGGCUUCAACAUCUUCAGCUCCAAAUACAGUGAACUAUGAGAUAACAAGCCAUGAUGAUUACAGUGCCUAUCUGUCAGUGAUGACCUCCUUCUCAGACUUUUCCUCAGAUGAUGAAGAUCUUAACCAGGCAAUUCUUGCCAGCAUUGAAACACAUCGAAACUUUGAGGAUGUUCCUGUUAAGAAUAUUCUUUUGGACCUGGUCUCCAACAUAAACUACAUUUCACACUGCAGGUUUCACAUAAACCGCUCAGCAGUGCUUGAAGGAGCUAUUCAAGGUUUUACCCGAAUCAACUAUAACCCCUCCAAUGCAAUCUCAGUUAAAUUCUCGGAUGACUCCGGGAGGCAUGAGGAAGCAGUGGACUUAGGGGGACCACGCAGAGAGUUUUUAAGGCUCCUCAUGCAAGCCUUCAAAGACAGUUCAAUGUUCGAAGGCAAUGAGCAAUCACAAAAUCUUGCUCUUGAUAGUUGUGCAUUAAGAGAGAACCGCUAUUACAUUGCGGGACAAGCAAUUGCUGUAAGUUUAGUCCAUGGGGUGCCUGCUCCAGGAUUUCUAUCACAGGUACUGUUCUCCUGUUUGGUCAAUGGCCCGGAGUCCGCAAAACCCACACUGGAUGACAUUUCAGAUUCUUGUUUAAAUGAGAAGGUCAAAAAGAUUCAAGAUGCCACAAAUUCGUUGAAGACCGUGAUCUUCUUGUACAUGACAUCUUAA